GUUUGUUUAAAGCGGUUGUGGGCUGAUCCGAGGAGGGAGAGGGACAGAGGAACAGUUAUUUAUCCAGUCAUCCCCGUGGGACUCAGAGGUCGCCAUGUUUUCCCUGUCGGAGCUGGCGCCUCUGAACCAGCAUCAGGGUCGGUGUAAACUGUUGAAGCCCUGGUGGGAGGUCUUCAUGGACUACCUGGUGGUCCUGAUGCUGAUGGCAUCCGUCCUGGCUUGUACGGAGCAGCUGUCCAGGGAUCGAGUGGUGUGCAUUCCCAUGGAUCCAGUUAUCACUGUGAACGCCAGCAAUCGCAGUCCCUCCACUAGCGGGCAAGCACCGACUCCAGCUCAUGAUCCACGCGGCGCCGGCCCAAAUCUUCACUCUACAGGCCGGGGUAGACGCACACACCUGGCCUACCAGCAGUAUGUUUACAUUAGCCAGGUGUGCUACCAUGAGGCGUUGCCUCUGUGCUCCCGCUUCUUCCCGUACAUGGCCAUGCUGCAGUGCCUCAUGCUGGUCGCCAGCGGCUCCUUCUGGCUCCACUUCCCCCACACCUCCGCCCGCAUAGAGCACUUCCUGGCAAUUUUGUCAAAGUGCUGCGAGUCGCCUUGGACCUCUCAAGCCUUGUCUCACGCCGUCCGGCAGGAGAGCAUCCGAGAGAAGGAGGAGGAGGAGGUGGUGGAGGAGAGAGGACCGCCCCAGCCUCCUCCCUCUUCAUCUCCACCUCCUGUAACACGCAUGGGACGCACGAGCAUAGACUCGGGCACGGACAGCCCGCUUCUGAAGAGGUCCUGUAGUGCGUCCUGUGGCGCCCCUCCCUCCCCGUGCCCGUCCACCCUCUCCUGUAACUCCGCCAUGUCGUCUACACCCGUCGGGUGCCCGGUGCACUUUCCUUCCUCCGACCGUGUCGUGGUGGACAGUCCCAGGCAGGUGGUGAGUCUGGGUAGAAGUGACGGGGAACAGGCCAGGGCGCUGUUCGAAAGGGUCAGGAGAUUCCGGUCGCACUGCGAAAGCUCGGAUGUCAUCUAUAAGGUCUACUCGGCUCAGACGGUAUUCAAGUUGCUGAUGGUGACGCUGAUCUUGAGUUACACCAUCCCUCUUCUCAGCUCCCUCUCCUUCACCCACACCUGCCACCCUGAGGAGGAGGCCUUGGUGGGCUACUCGACCUUCGAGUGUAUCCACGUGCUCUCCUCCCUCCUACGCAAGCUGCUGGUGGCGUACCUGACCCUGCUGGGGCUGUACGGCCUGCUCAACUUCUACACCCUCGGCUGGAUUUUACACAGCUCUCUACGGCAGUAUUCCUUCCACUCGCUGAAGGAGCCGUGCUCCCUGAGAGAUGUCCCCGACCUGAGGAACGACCUGGCCUUUCUCCUCCACAUGUUGGACCAGUACGACCCUCUGCUGGCCCAGCGUCUAUCCGUCUUUUUGUCUCCCGUCAGCGAGAGCCGGCUGCUGGGGGAAAGCUUCGAGAGAUGCUGGGGGGAGGAGAAGCUGCGUGCCAUGACGAGCGUGGACUCGGAGGGCUGCUCCAGACUGCAGCUGGUGGCCCUUCCUCGCCUCCCUCCGGCCCUCUUCGCCCUCAGCCAGCUUCAGGUCCUCCAACUGGAGCUCAUCGCCGAUGCCAGGUUCACCGCACAGGUGGCCAACAUGACCUCGCUCAGGAAGCUCCACCUCUAUCACUGCACGGCAGCGGUGGAUCCCGGUGCACUGGGAGUCCUCCAGGAACAUCUGGAGGUCCUCCACCUCACCUUUACCCAGGCGUCGGAGAUCCCCGGCUGGGUCCUCUCCCUCCGCGGCCUGCACGAGCUCCACCUCUGCGGCCGCCUGAGCAAUGACGGCGCGGUGGGCCGCGGCUGGGCGUUGGGGAGCCUCCGCCAGCUGCGUCACCUCCGCGCGCUGGUGAUCCGAGGUGCGCUGCAGCGGAUCCCCGGGGAGCUGUGCGAGGUGGCCGGCAGCUUGGCGAGGCUGGAGAUCCACAACGAGGGCACCAGGCUGCUGGUGCUGACGGGCCUGAAGCGCAUGGCCGACCUCACCGAGCUGCUGCUGCAGGACUGCCGGCUGGAGCGCUUGCCCUCGGCCCUGCUGGCUCUCGGCAACCUGCGGAAGCUCGACCUGCAGCACAAUAACUUGAGGACUCUGGAGGAGCUGCUCAGUCUGGCUCACCUGCGCCGCCUUUCGUGCCUCCGGCUCGCCUACAACCGUAUUCUGGCACUGCCGGCCAGCGUCGGGGCGCUGCGAGGCCUGGAGCUCCUGGAUCUCUCCAACAACCAGCUUCAGGGCCUCCCCCCGGCGCUCUUCACUCUGCGGCGCCUUCGCAGGCUCCUGCUGGCUGGUAACCUGCUGGAGGUGCUGCCCGCGGAGGUGAAGGCGCUGCAGCUGCUCACAGAGCUGGACCUGAGCGGGAACCGGGUGGAGAGCCUUCCCCCUCAGCUCUUCAGUAGCUGUUUGGAGCUGCACGUCCUGAACGUGGCUCGCAACUCUCUCGGCUCGUUACCCAGCGGGGUUGCGGCUCUAAGUCGGUUGUGCAGGUUGGACUUGCGCAGCAACAGUCUGGAGGAACUGCCCGCCGAGCUGGGCUGCUGCUCAGGGCUGCAGGGAGGCGGUCUCCUGGUGGAAGACUGGCUGUUUCUAUCUCUGCCUCCACAGGUCAGGAACUUCCUGAGACGUUCUCCUCGCGCCCCCUCCGGUUCUCACUCAGAGCGUCAUUCCCGCCCAGAUUCGGAGAGUUUCCCAUACUUCUCUCCGACCCAGUGGAGUUUCUCUUCUGCUCUGGAAUCACAGAUAUAAGUAUCCGAACACGGAUUCGCGAGAUUUUGCAUUCGCGAUGCUUUCGGGCAAAGUGUUGACCGGCUGUCAGAAGGCAGCUUUCCUCUUGGUCACUUUAAUGAGGGGCUUUAACAACCAUCAUUAGCCCACUGUUACUUUAUAGUACACGUUCUGCACAUAGAUUCUCUGACCACACAAAUAACUGAACUAAAUUUUGUGGCAGGACGAUAAAUAAGGUUUUCACCAAUUUAUGUUGCGUACACUUUGUAGUUACAUUGAGUUAAUUAUUCAUAGUAAAUGGACUGAAACAUGCAAAAUGCACCACCUCUGUUAACCUCAUUACUAUUUACAUUUUUUAGAGAAUGUUUAGCACUUUUUCCCCAAAAUAGACGAGGAGACCAUCUGCAUGUGUUGUAGGGUUGAAUAAUCGUUGCGGAUAAAUAACUGUUUAACUGGAAGAGGGAAAAAACCAUUCAUAAAGUAUUACUUGCAGGGAUCUCUCUGAAUAUAAUAUGGAACAAAGAUGUGCGUUGUUUGAUAACAAAAUAUUUAUCAUUAAUACAUAAAUUACUCAAAUUUGUAAUAAGAUGACGAUAAAUACACUAAUUCAUAUGUGUACAAAAUAUAAAUACACAGUAUAAAGACAAAUAAACAUGUUUAUUUUUGAUUGCUCCUGUUUGGUCAUUUUAUUGUGAAAAUGACUCCAAAAGUGUUCACAUGCUAUCAAGUCCGAUCUGAGGCUGGUAUGAUCAUUUACUGCAGGUUAUAGUCUCCACACCACAACAACUUAAAAAUCAAACUGCUUUUUAUUAACUCAAUUAUAAGUGGUUUGUACAGUACAGUACAAGUAAAUGCUUUCAUAUUUUAUUAAAUAGUAAAGGAUUGUCUUUCAGAGCUGAAGAGAAACCCUUAAAUGUAAUACUACUCUGUAUGUGUGUAUAUAUAUAUAUAUAUAUAUAUAUAUAUAUAUUGUUGGAAGUAUGGAAAAUUAAUGUGCAUUUUUCGUGGGUCAAAAGUCCAGCUGAAGAUCCUGAGGCACAAAGUGUGAAUUACGAGACCAUAGAAUUAGUACAGACGUAGCUUACAUGUUUAAAGCAGAUCCACGGAGACACCAGGGCCAUAAAUCAAGCCGGCGGAGACGGAGGGAGUUGGUUUCAAUGUCAAAAAGAGUGAAUGUGGGGAUGAGUUAGGUGCCUCGUAUCUAAAGAAAAGGGGUCCUUUUCUGUUGUCUGAGGGUUGUUAUUCUGUCCUAGCAAUUGUGUGCAUCCUUACAAGGCACAGACAGAUAGCUAACCAAAGAGUGCAGAAGGAAUGACGCUCCAGAAUGUUUUGUUGAUGAACUUUACUUUCAGAUGUUCAUUCUUUAGUUAACUCUGUUGCUCUUCCUUUCUCUCUUUUCAGUGUGGUAAAACUAUAAAAUAAACAGAAAGACAACAUA